AUGGCCACCCAUGAAGUCUUAUUGAAAGAUGUCAAACCAUUACUCAGAGGCUUUGACUGCCAAGUCAUUGUUCUUCAAAGAGCGGAAGCUGAUCCCCACUUUACUCGGCAUGGUGACGCGAUCUACAAGUAUAUCGUUGCUGACAAGACUGGUUCUAUCGUAUUGAGUAUAUGGGGUGACCGAGCAAAGUGCAUUAAAAGUGGGGACAUUUUGCGUGUUACUGGCGCGGAAGCAAAGAUUCGAAAAGGGCAACUCGAAAUGGAGGCGUUACGUGCGUCCAAGGUUAGGCGCAUUGGACAAGAUACCAUGUGUUUCAAUGAACAACCCAACUAUUCAGAAUUGACGCCGCAACAAUUACAAGACCAAUAUCAUCCACAUCCACAACAUCAACCUUUACAACCUCCUCGAGAUCCACGGGAUCCAUCAUUUCCUGGUCAUCAUCAUCACCAUCACCAUCAUCCUUCUAUAUCACAACAAUUACCACCCAAUUCAGCUCCUCGUAACAAGUUCUCUAAUUUUGCUAAUGAUCGACGUCAACCAUCCCCUUCACCACGGGGCGGCGGCCGAGGCGGUUUUCGGGGAAAAGUACGGCGUAUAAGAUAA